AUGACCAUGAGCGGCGAUCACACUGAAACAUCCUCACCGCUCGACCUGACGACCAAACAGAGACAGAUCACCGAUCAGACCAAGACACAGCAGCGCGCAGAUCGGACCAGAUCACUGGAGAUCGCAGAUCGGACCAGAUCACUGGAGAUCGCAGAUCGGGCACCAGACGCGGGGGCGGAGGAGCGCACUUCCAGACUUUUCCAUACAGUCAGAACAGACAGCGAAGAACACAAGGACGAUGAGAAUCGAUCCACUGAGACGAUUCCAAGUGAUUUGAAGUCUGUACGGACGCCCAAAGGGAAGCCGGAGACCGCAACGUCCAAACUUCCGAUCAGAAAGCGUCCUUUUCGUCCAGCUCAGCCUUCUCCUGAGCAGUCGGACAACGAUGCGGACAUACACUUGGAAAAAGUUUUAAAGACAACCUCGAGUGCAAGCCCGAGCCCUGCCAAAAUCCCCAAGUGCGCCAGUGUGCGCAAUGGACUAAAUGCGGAGGCGCACAGGUUGCUGCACAGUCCGAAUCCUGGUGGCUCACACGGCGUUUGUGAUAUAGCGCAUGUCAUGCCAACCUACUACACAUAUUAUCCAUCUCCUCUUCCUUCAUUUGAGGAUACAAAUCGUCUUCUUACCGAGGUUGCUUUGGCCACACACCAGGACGAAGAUGGUGACACGGCUCUGCACAUCGCAGUGGCUCAGGAGAAAGAAGCAGUAGUUCACUGGUUGAUCCGCGUCUUGUGUCAGGCACAACGAAACCUGGACCUAUAUAAUAACCUAAGACAGACUCCUCUUCACUUGGCGAUCAUCACUCACCAGCCUGGCGUAGUAGAGGCUCUUCUGCUUGGUGGAGCAGACCCUAGAGCACUGGAUCGUAAUGGACAGACGGCACUGCAUCUCUGCUGUGAGCACCGCCAGGAAAUGUGCCUUACCAUAAUCCUCUCCCACCUCUCGCGCUCCGCAUGCUGCCUCUCAGACUGCCUGGACUGCAGGAACUAUGAGGGCUUGGCACCUCUCCACAUGGCUGUUCAGAAUGGAAAUAAGAAGAUGGCCAAAAUGUUACUGGACAGCGGAGCGGACAUAAACGCUGUGGAUAUUAAGAGUGGCCGCAGUCCACUGAUACAUGCAGUGGAGAACAGCUGUAUGGAGAUGGUCAACUUCCUUAUUGAGAGAGGAUGUAAUGUGAACGCACAGUCAUACAGUGGCAACACGGCUCUACAUAUUGCAUCUGGUCGUGGGGAAGUGGAGGCUGUCAGAAUCUUACUGAAAAAUGGAGCUGACAGCAGUCUGAAGAACUACCACAAUGACACCGCUGUCAUGGUGUCCAAAAACAAGAAGGUAUCUGAUGUGUUACGUGGGAAAGCUCCUCGGGGCCACAUUCUGAAAACUCAGCAUAGCAUUAAUGGUGCCUCAUCUCCAGUCAGCUUAAACCGUUCACCAGCUGGCACUCCCAACCCUCAACACAGUGCAUCCGUCUCUCCCACAGCUAUUCACAUAUACUCCCCACACAGUCAGUCUGGAGAGAGCAGAUCUGGAAACCUUUCACCAGUGGAAGCUCUGGAAACAGACAUUUUUCCAAGGACGGUUAAUGACACGGUAGCAGAUAAAAGUGCAGACUAUAUUGUAUCACUUCAUCCUUUCCCCUUUUUUCAAGCACCCUGUUCUCAUAUGCACAUGGAGGCUUUAAUGCCAGUUCAUCCAUCAUACUAUCCAACUAUUGUGCAAAGGCCUUUUUACCCCACAGACAAACCGGUCCUUCUCAUCCCAGCCAGGAAUGGACAACCCGUCUCUCACCGGUCACCAUCGCAACCUACUGUCAUACAGUCACGGCCCUCCAGUCAUGAAAGUGACCAGUCUGAUAUAUCUAACAAGAGUGCGAGCAGUGAGGGAAAAGGCAUAAGUUAAUUUUAAACUAGUGCCUUCAAAAAGUAUUCACUUGCACAUAUAUUAAAUAAAUAAUACUUACAUUAAUGAUUGAUAAUAAAUAUAUGUGGCAGGCCCAUCUACAAGAUAUAUUCUUCAAUGUAGCCUAUAAUUUAUGAUUGUGC